AUGGCAGGGAAAACAUGUCGCCGACGGAGUCAAAGGGAUCAAGAGUUGCUUUGCGAAUUCGUGCGGAAAUCUGCUACGUGUGCGGCAUGCCAAGAUGCCCCAGAAACCCCAAAAAAUAUAGUACAUGGAGCCCCCCCGAGGGCCACUGACAAUCCGCAUUGGAAGUGA